AUGGACUUCUUUUUUUUCAUUGCCACCAGCUCUGUUUUGUUCGGUGGUUUUGGGGUAGAGUCUGAUAUUAAAUCCGAUAAGACUCCAAGGAUCAGUAAGGGAGGUGGUCAAACAGAAUCAUCAGAGCCAAAAGAGUCAAUUUUAAAAGCAAAUGUUACUGCAGAAGUUGAUCAAAGAGAAGAUCAUCCCUUGGUUGUACAAGAUGAAAAAGAAGAAGAAAGAUCGAGUGAGCUUGUUGCAGUCGAGGAAGAUGAAGAUGAAGAACUUGGGUUGUUGAGUGAUGAAGAGUUAAACAAGAAAUGUGAAGAUUUUAUUAGGAGAAUGAAAGAAGGGAUUCAAUUUGAAGCUCGCAAUUGA